GCAGUACGUUUGUAACCAGCGUUAAGUAACGAUCUAGUGUACGGAGUCACAGAGCCCAACUCGAGGGGGUUUCGCAAACCAUCAAAAAUUCCGGUCCAAAAAUGAGCGUUGUCUGGACGCAAUGUUCGAUCUACCAGGAUGUUCCCGGUGAUGCAGUGCGCGCCGGUCAUGACCAGGACGGGUCACCGAUCUUCGUGGGCCGUGCCUUGCUGAACGAGAACACCCUCACGCUUCCGGCCAAGAUCAUCCCGGGCAAGCAAGCGGCGUAUGUGUGCCACAGUGGGACAGAAUUAGCUGUGAGACACUUUGAGAUCUUAAGAGGCGCGGGAUUCACCUGGGUCCAGGGCAGCUACGGAAAUGUUCCGAGUGGGGCGGUUCCGGGUGGAAAUUCGAGCUCUGGUGAGCUGCUGUACAUUGGGCGUGCCCAUCACGAGGGCAGCUUGACGCUGGGUAAGAUUCACCGCAGCCAUGGAUGUCUGUACAUUCCGUUCGAUGGGGCCGAGCUCAGCUUUCAGGAGUAUGAGGUGCUGGUGAGACAGCAGUGAUGAAGGUGUGAUUGACUAUUGACUAGCUCAU